GGUGGGCUGUGUGGUAAGAGGAACAGGAAGAGGGAAGACGAGAGAGAAAAGGUAUCAAGGCAGAGCAGAGAGGGCGAGAGCUUGUCACGUCAGCAUGUGAAACUCUUCUUAGCAGCUUCUUUUUUUGUUUCUUCAUAAAGAUAUUGACAAGACAAGUGUUAAGCUGAAAAUGCUGAGCUCAGUCCGGUUACUUCAACUUGAAGAGAUGAUGGUUUAAAGAGGGAAAGUUCAAAACAUCAAGGAGUUGAAAGGAAGAUUAGUGGACAGCACAGAGAUCAAAGUUGAAAUGGCUGAAGGAGGGCUGCUUGAACCUCUCGUCAUCACUGAAGAGGGAGACAUUUCUGAGGCUGUCACUGUACGGAGCAGCAGCGGGGAGUCGGCUCUCAAAGAGAGAGAGGAACACUCUGGAGGGGACAAGAAUGAAACAGAUGUAGCGAGUGAAAUGUGUUCAGAAGAGCAACAGACCAACACAACGGAGGAAGACGUUUUUUUGAAUGUAGAGAGGAAACCAGAGGAAAGUGAAAAUGUGAAAGAUGGACAAAACAGAGAUGGGAGCGAGCGUGACGGGCAAACACACAAGGUGAUGAAGACUCAUGAAAUACCUGCGACAUGCAGUGGCACAAAGGAUAAAACGGUCGCACAUGUGGAUGUAAAUACUUUAAAUUCCUCUGAGCUCAAACCAGAAGAUACAAAAAAGGCUCAUCGGUUAACCCCUGACUUCCCAGAUGCACUGUUUGAGCUGCUUUGCACCCUCCAGGAGGGGAGAAGGCUCAAUGACCAGCGCUGCUCCUUCAGGCUGGAGAGUGGGAUGGGUAGAAGAAGGUGCCACUCUGAGCCCAACGCCACCAAGCCAGCCAACAGAGUCAUCUUUUCCUCCAUGACUUCACUGCAGAAAGAGGAGUUUUUUGAGUUUGUGGCCACUACUCAAGCCCGUCGGCUGGAUGACCAGAGGGCGCAGCUCGAAAGGUCUCCACCACCAAAGCCAAAAGCCAGAACUUUCAGAGGAAGCAUAAAGCAACUCUCUUUUGUGAAAAAGCCGGAAAAGCUGGCACCAGUUCCCGCACCCAAAGAAGAUCUUUACAAUAUGAUUCUCACGACACAAGCCCAAGGCAGACUGGAGGACCAGCGCAGCAGGGCUCCUGGUCCCAUGGACGAUGAGGACUUCUUCUCCUUGCUGCUGAGGGUCCAGGGGGGACGCAUGGACGAGCAGAGGACUGAACUACCGUGCUUGCUGCAAACCUGAGAUUGUUAAGAAAACAUUGGAGCUGCUGUGGGAGCCAUUCUAGUAUUGUAGCUUUCAUCUGAUUUCCUUUUAAAAGAAGGUUGAUUUAUUUUUCAACCCUUAUGAUGCUUGUUUUUUUUAAUAAGAGAGCUGUUAUCCCUCUUGAUAGUGUUGGGAAUUGAUAAAGCUGUUGAGAUUGUAGCAAAAACGCUAAUGUUUGAGCAACAGAGCUUUAAUGUGACUUAAUGGGUCUUCUUGAUGAGAUUGUGAAGUUUACUGCUAGUUAGCCACUUUUCUGUCCUAGUAAAUAGGAUCGGUAGAUACGCUUUCUUAUCUUACCAAGUUUUGCAUUUCUCUGAAUGUCUGCGAUGAGUGGUUGAAUGGUUUUUGUAUGUGUUCCUGUUCUUGAUGUGAAGUAGGCAGUGUACUGAUCUCUGUUGUUUUCCCUUAUUUGUACAGUAGACAUAAAACAGACUGGGGGUGGUGGUGAGGAAGUAAUAGCUCCAAGGCCACACAAUGCUUGACUGUAUAUGGAUGACUCUCCUCCAGAAAAUAAACACAGUGUGC